AUUUGUAGGGCAUCACCAGCAUAUAUAAUGCCUUAAAAUCGAUUGAACCUGAUUUGCAAAUAUCGUCAUUAAAAGUGAACCUUAAAUUAAUAUAAAUCAAAGAUAACAAAGCAAAGUGGAUUUUUUUUUUUUUUUUGCUAGAGGUAUUUCUUCCUUUUUGUCGUAGAAGAAGAGCAAUGUUUCGGAAGUGUUCUUGACUGGUCUAUUUGGCGUCAUAUACAGCAUAAUUUGGGCGUGAUGCAGUCUGCUUUGAGAUGGGUGCUGUGGGAUGUCAAGGACACUCUGCUAAAGGUGCGUUUUUCAGUGGGAGAGCAGUAUUGUAGAGAGGCUGAGCUAAUGGGUCUCAGUUUCAAGCCUGUGGAGGUCAACUCUGCUUUUCGUCAGACAUACAAAAUUUACUCAAACAAAUAUCCAAACUAUGGCAUCGCUCAAGGUCUGAAUGGACACAGCUGGUGGACCGCUGUGGUGCAAGACACUUUUUCUCUAUGUGGGGUUCAAGAUCCUGCCCUUCUCAAGACUCUAUCACACAAUCUCUAUCAUAACUUCAGCAAUGCACAGAACUGGGAGGUAUUUAAUGAUUCCAAAAAGGUUCUGGAGGAUUGUUCUUCCCUUGGGCUGAAGCUGGGCGUAGUAUCAAACUUUGAUAAGCGUCUGGAAACCAUUCUGAAAUCAUGUGAUCUGUUGUCUCACUUCAGUUUUCUGAUCACCUCAGAGGAGUCAGGUGCAGCUAAACCCAGUUCCCUGAUCUUUGAACAGGCUCUGCAGAAGUGUGGGGUCCCUUCAGCACAAGUGGCUCAUGUUGGAGACCACUACAUCAAUGAUUACCUUGCCUCUCGCUCUAUUGGCAUCCAUGGCUUUCUUUUAGACAGAGACAACAAAUAUAAUCAGUCUGACAUCCCUAAAGAGCACCGUCUUAACUCUUUAGAAGAGCUGCCAUCACGACUUCAGGAGCAGAUGGACUAACAAGGGGUUUAAUAAAAUCUUGAUGAAUUCUAGUCAGACACUUUCAGGUUGCCUUAACAGAGAAUUUCAAGUUAUUUAUUGUAAAAUAAAUUUCUACCAUCUAGACACUGGGAAUAAAUAUUAAAAGAUUAUUGUCAUUGCCGCAAUCACGCCCAGUUACACGAGUUCUCUAUGUGAAGUUCUCUCAUUCUUCUUUUAUUGUGACCCA